GAACGAGCCUCGAUCGCACUUCUCAAGAUGGUCGUGAUAAUAUAAACGUGCCGCUUCAACAUGUCAACAGCGAGCAGGCCAGUGGUGAAGACAGCCAAACACUUCAGGAAACCCUCCUGCAUGGGCAGGACCUCAGAUAUGCACAGGCCGCUCUCAUCUACAAACGAAACGACGGAACGCAACAGCAAGAAGGGCUUCGAGAUAAUGUUGCCAUGGCAUCAUCCAGGUUUCCUGAUUGGAACCGUCUACGGCCUAAGUACAUGGGCGUAGUUGUUCAAGAUGAACAUAGGAGUCUACGAGAACCUGAUAACACACUGUCUCACGUUCCUUUUCGGCAGAUCAACCAGGAGCUUGCAAAUCCUAAACUCGACAGUCCGCAACUGCUAGUUGAUGCCGUACCCGGCAGUCCUUGGUCAGGUUUCUCUUUUCACCAGAUGGCGGACGAGGAAUUACUCAAUUCCAUGGAGAUUACGGAGUCAGCGGACGACGCGCUGCGUCAUGGGCUCCCCGCAUGCAUGCUGGAUAUGGUUGCCUUGCAACAAUCCACCACAUCCCAUCAUGCGAUCGCUGUUGCUGGUAACCCGCUCAACAGUUCCAAUGGCCGAGACAUACUCAGGGACAGUGGUUAUCGCAAACUUGACCGAGCUUGGCAGCAGCGAAACCUCGAUGACUGGGGUUCGGUCUCUCAUCCGUGGGAAGACACUCCUUGGACUUCGAGUGCUGUUCGGUUGUCGCUAUCGAAUGCAUUGAACCCAACUGAAUUUGUAUGUCCUGCGACAAGUGGAGGUGACCCUCUGUUGAUGGAGAUGGACCAAUGGGACACCGGACCUAAUAUGCUAUCCAGCGGCGUAAACGAAUGGGAAGAGGGGCAAAUGGGAUCAGCUGUGGAAUGCUUUCCAAUUGAUGAGAUGGAGGCCUCAACUGAUUGUGGUUUAAAAGGUCCUUCCCUACCUACUGCUGAGGACCGACAUUCUAGGUCACCCUGGAGCGGCUUCUUU